GAAAAAAAAGAUUUGCAACUUUAAAAAGAAGUUCAUAAUAAGGAAGUGCUUUUCUGCAUGGAAGUUUUCUGUUUUAGGAAAAAUUACAGAUUUUACUGUUCGAAAUCAUUAUCGUCGUACCUUAUUAAAAAAAUGUAUUUUGAGAUGGGAAAAAACAUUAUUUUGUCAAAGAGAAUGGAAACUAAAUAUCAGAGCCAAUUUUUAUUACAGAUUUCAAAUAUAUCAAAUGGUAUUCAAAGCAUGGACCAAAUUUGUUCUAGCAAGACAAAAACAAAAAACUGCUAUAAGCACAGCUUACUCAUUUUCUCAAACAAGGUUGCUACAGCAAUCAUUUAAAACAUGGAGAUGCUACAUACAAAAAACUUUUAUUCACUGUGUAAAAAUGAAUGAAGCAGUUGUUAGAUUUAACUUGAUUUUGAUGAGAAAACAUUGGCAUAUUUGGUGGAGUUGUUAUAGAAGCAAGUCUUUAAAAAGUUGUAAAAAGUAUAUUGCUUUACAUCAUUGGGCAGAACAUAUGUUAGUAAAGGCUUUCUUUCGCUGGAAAAAUGUUUAUUUUAAACACUGCCUCCUUAUAAAAAAGCUUACACUUUUUAACAUAUACCAAGACAAAAAUUUGAUGUCCAGUGUUUUCAAAAAAUGGAAUGGGUAUUUAGCUGUUCAAUAUGAAAAAAAAAGACUAUAUGACAAUGCUCAGGCGUUGUAUGCACAUAGGUUGAUGAAAUCAUCUCUUAAAAAUUGGUACAUAUUCUACAAAUUUUUGCAAAAUUUAAAAAAAAAGGAGUUGUUAAUUCAAAUCAUUUGCAAAAAAUUUACAACACGAAGAUAUUUUCUUCUAUUUAAAUCAAAUGUUUUUUCAAAAAAACUCAGAUGUAGGAGUAUUCAACUAUCUUUUCAACAGAAAAGAAAGAAAAAAGUCUUAUUUGCAUUCAAAAGAUAUGUUAUCAUCACUAAAGAAAUUAAAGACAAUCUGAAGCGCUAUUUUCUAAAAAGAUGGAUUUCAAAAUGGGAUCAGAAAAAUGAACAAAAACAUUACUCUUUAUUGCAAAUUGCAAUCAAUUAUUACAGAUUAUUCAUAAAUUGGUUUGCCUUUAAAACGCAUUAUAUGGCAAUAAAAAAAAUGAAUAAAGAAGCUCUGCAGUUCUACAGAGUUUUAGUAUAUUCAAAGGUAUUUUAUACUUGGUUGAAGAACUACAGCAUUAUUACCCAUCAAGAUGUUCUGCAUAAAGUUGCUCUCAAGUUUUAUCGUUUGCAAAUGGCAAAGUAUUAUUUUAAAUUUUGGAAACAUAAGUUCAAAAGAAAGAUUUUAUUAAUUUCAUUUAAGAAACAAGCUGAUUGCCAUUAUAUAUUAAAAAUUAAAUCAAUUUGCUAUCAGCAAUGGAAGUGCAGGAAAAGAAAUACACAUGUAGCAUUGUCACAAUUUGAAAAUUGUAUAAAAAGAAAAUGUUUGCUGGGUUUAAAAAAAAGGCACCUGUACCACAAAUACAAGACUAAUAAAGAAAGACAUGCCAAAUCUUACUACAAUUCAAAAAUUAAAUAUGCAUUUUUCAAAAGAUGGAAGGACUAUAUAGUUUGUGAAGUAAUAAUAUUACAAAAAGCAAAUGAACGCUUUUUAAUAAAAGCCACAUUAUUAUGCAGUUGGGUUAUCUUCUCUUGGAAGGAAUUUUAUAGGAUUGCAAAACAUAAUAAGUUUCAAUUGGAUAUAGCAGACAGACAUUAUAAAAGUCAGCUUUCAAAAAAGCUGUUCCAUUCAUUGAGAUAUUUUUCUUUGAAAUGCAUUCAGCAAAAAUAUUUGGAAGAAGAGAACUUUAUCAGAGCAAAAAUAAAACUGGAUCAAGGAACUUUAAAAAAUUUAUUUCAAAAAUGGAGGAGUUCAUUGAUUGAGUCAAAAUCUGGUCAGACAUAUACAUCAAUAACACAUUAUAAAUGGAAUCUUCAACACAAAGUUUUUCGAAAUUUAAAAAUGUUCAAGCUGUUUUCUCAAAAAACUAAGUUGAUGAAAGAGAUGAGCUCAAGGUUUUUUAUGUUUUGUAUUUGUAAAAAGUUUUACAACAUAUGGUUACUCAAGCAUCUUGAAUAUCUUGUGAACAAUAAAAUCAAAUCAACAUCAUGUUGUCAGACUGUGGUGUUGUGGUGGAGUAUUCGUUUGCAACAGAAGGUAUUUAUCAAUUGGAAAAAAUGGGUAUUCUUUGUUCGCAAAAACACAUUUAAUGAUGAAAUAAAUACUAAACAAAUUUAUUUACAGUUUACUCAGGAUCGUCUCAUGAAAAAGAAUACACUAAAAGCUUGGUCUUUUGAAAAUAGUGAUGUUGAUCAAACAAAAAGAGAGUUUGUUAAAUUAGAAAACUAUAGACCUAUCGAUUUUGUAACAUCAUCUAUGGAAAACUAUAGACCUAUCGGUUUUAUAACACCACCUUCAGAAUUGAGGUUCAACGCGAAUAGGCCUAAACCACGCAUACCAAAUUAUCUUCGAGAAUCGUUCGAUUUAAAUCUCUUUUACGGUUCACAAUCGAUGUAAUUCUCAGAAACAAGCAAAGAAUGAGAAAGAAAAGUUUUUAAAGUACGAAACGCGCUAGUAAUUUUUUGUAUUAUGUCGAGAUGUAACAAAUGCAAUUUAUUUAUUUAUUAUUAUUUUGUUUUUUAAAACGUUUUUCACUGGUAAUAUUGCUACUUUUAGUAUAUUUAAAAGUUUAUUAAGUUUUUUAAAAUUUAACCAAAUAUGUUUGAAAGUUACUUGUUG